AUGGGCUCCAUCACUGCAGCAAAUGCAGAAUUUUCUUUUGAUGUAUUCAAAGAGCUGAAAGUCCACCAUGCCAACAACAACAUCUUCUAUUCCCCCCUGAGCAUCAUUGCAUCCUUAGCCAUGGUUUAUCUGGGAGCAAGAGGUAACACUGAGUACCAGAUGGAGAAGGUUCUUCACUUUGACAAAAUUGCAGGACUUGGAGGAACAAUUCAGACCAAGUGUGGCAAGUCUAUGAAUUUCCACAUACUGUUUAAAGAACUUCUCUCUGAUAUCACUGCACCAAAAGCCAAUUAUUCACUCCACAUUGCCAAGAGACUCUAUGCUGAAAAGACAUGUCCAAUCCUACCGAUCUACUUAAAAUGUGUGAAGAAAUUGUACAGAACAGGUCUGGAAAUGGUCAACUUCAAAACAACAUCAGAUCAAGCCAGACAGCUCAUUAAUUCCUGGGUGGAAAAUCAGACAAAUGGACAGAUCCAAGAUAUCCUUGAACCAGGCUCUGUUGAUCUUGAUACUAUGCUGGUCCUUGUGAAUGCCAUUUACUUCAAAGGGAUUUGGAGGACAGCAUUUAAAGAAGACUCUCAGAAAUUUCCCUUCAGCGUGACAAAGCAAGAAAGCAGGCCUGUGCAAAUGAUGUGUCAGAACAGUACCUUCAAAGUGGCAGCAGUGGCUGCAGAGGAAAUAAAGAUCCUGGAGCUUCCGUACGCCAGUGGACAGCUGAGCAUGUUGGUGCUGUUACCUGAUGACGUCUCUGGCCUGGAGCAGCUUGAGAACAAAAUCAACUUUGAAAAACUUACAGAGUGGACCAGUCCUAACGUGAUGGAAACAAAGAGAGUGAAAGUGUACCUCCCGCGCAUGAAGAUUGAGGGAAAAUAUAACCUCACAUCUGUUUUAGUGGCCUUGGGUAUGACUGACCUGUUCAGUCCUUCGGCCAAUCUGUCUGGCAUCUCUUCAGCAGAGAACCUGAAGAUAUCUGAGGCCAUCCAUGAGGCGUACAUGGAAGUCAAUGAAGAGGGCUCUGAGAUGGCUGGCUCAUCUGGUGUGAUGGAAGACAUCAAAUAUUCUUCUGAGUUUGAAGAGUUUAGGGCUGACCACCCAUUCCUUUUCUUGAUCAGACACAAUCCAACCAACAGCAUCCUCUUCUUUGGUAGAUAUUGUUCCCCCUGA